CUGGGAAGAGACUACUCCUCAAUUCCUGGCCACCUCAUCCUCCUCUUUCCUUUCCCUCCUCUUUUAUUCCUUCACCAGAUUCCUGCCUCUGUCCCCCUCUAUAAAGACCCAUGUAUGCCCUGACUGGAUAUAGUGAUCCAAGCACCAGUCAGAGGUCCGGUGCUGCUCAGGGUCUUCUCUCUUACCACGGACACUAUGCUGCCCCCCAGCCUCUCCAGGCUGCUCGUCCACUGCCUGCUGCUCACAGAUUUGGUCCUGGGCCAGAUUUCUGAGUGGACCACUCCUCCCCAGAUCUCCUGCCCAGAAGGAUCCAAGGCCUAUGGCUCCCAUUGCUAUGGAGUAUUCCAGAAACCAAGGACCUGGAACUCUGCGGAGGUGCUUGGGUGUACUUAUAAGGAACCCUUUAUGGGGUGGCUGAACUGCCAGGGUCUGACCUCAGGUCAUCUCUUGUCCUUGAUGGAUGAGUCAGAAGCUGCCUUUGUGGCUGCCUUGGCCACUCAGAGCUUAGGAGACAGUCGGAGCCACCUUUGGAUUGGCCUUCAUGACCCUUUUCAGAACCGCCGCUGGCACUGGAGUAACAAUGCCAUGCUCACUUUAGAUUCCUGGGCGAAAGGAGCCCCGGCUAAAACCACCCUCAAGUUCUGUGUGACACUGUCCCCACGCUCAGGGUUUCUACAGUGGAAGGAUCAACACUGCAAUGAGGAGCUCCCCUUCAUCUGCAAGUUCUCAGCCUAGAGUGGUUUAACAGGACUUGAGUGGGGGCUUGGAGAGAGGAAGGAGCUGAGGGUGAAGUCACUAGGCAUGGACCCAUGAGGCCAGGGGUACAGCUGCUGCCUGCCCAAAGAAACCUCUCCUCCUCUUCCUUCCUCUCCCUUUCAUUGUCUGCCUCUUCCCUUCCAUCUUAUUCUCUUUUUCCUGCCCUUCCCCCAUCUUCCCUCUCCUCCCCUCCUUUACCCGCUUCUUCCCA